AAAUGGCCCCGUAGGGCAACAAGGAUGGUUAGUUUUGACCGUGCUUAUAUGUACCAUAAAACAUCGAUCCUAAUUGACAGUUAUCUGGGCUUUUAUAUCUGCCAACCUGCCAACCUUUUUUGAACUGUGGUCACUAAAUGAAGAGGUUCUGGCCUGGGAAGGCCCAUGCAUUCCUUCAAUUGGAUGGAGAGCGAGGACAGUGACUGGCGAUCUGGAGAAUAGGAGGGAAUGUUGACUAGGGAGCACCGCUGCAGCCGAUCAGAGGAGCAGGAACUGGAGCCCGGGCUGAGUCCGAGAAAAGCCGGAUCCGGAUGGUGGCCCCGGAACGGCUGGAAGUGGAAGAUGGAGGAGCCAGAGGAACCUGCAGACAGUGGGCAUUCCCUGCCCCCGGUUUACAUCUACAGUCCCGAGUAUGUCAGCAUGUGCGACUCCCUGGCCAAAGUCCCCAAAAGGGCCAGUAUGGUACAUUCUUUGAUUGAAGCAUAUGCACUGCAUAAACAAAUGAGAAUAGUUAAGCCCAAAGUGGCCUCCAUGGAGGAGAUGGCCACCUUCCACACCGAUGCCUAUCUGCAGCAUCUCCAGAAGGUCAGCCAAGAAGGAGAUGACGAUCAUCCAGACUCCAUAGAAUAUGGCCUAGGUUAUGACUGUCCAGCUACAGAAGGGAUAUUUGACUACGCAGCAUCUGUAGGAGGGGCUACAAUCACAGCUGCCCAAUGCCUGAUUGAUGGAAUGUGCAGAGUAGCAAUUAACUGGUCUGGAGGGUGGCAUCAUGCAAAGAAAGAUGAAGCAUCUGGUUUUUGUUAUCUCAAUGAUGUUGUCCUGGGAAUAUUACGAUUGCGACGAAAAUUUGACCGUAUUCUCUAUGUGGAUUUGGAUCUGCACCAUGGAGAUGGUAAGCCCUUCACUUUCAAGGAGAAUCCUUCAACUUUUCUAAUUCUCGUGUUCUUAAAACUAUUCAUGGUGCCCAUCUCUUUUACAGGAACAGGUGAUGUGACUGAUGUUGGCCUAGGGAAGGGACGGUACUACAGUGUGAAUGUGCCCAUUCAAGAUGGCAUACAGGAUGAGAAAUAUUACCACAUCUAUGAAAGUGUACUAAAGGAGGUAUAUAUGGCCUUUAAUCCCAAAGCGGUGGUCUUACAGCUGGGAGCUGAUACAAUAGCUGGGGAUCCCAUGUGCUCCUUUAACAUGACUCCAGUGGGAAUUGGCAGGUGUCUUAAGUACAUCCUUCAGUGGCAAUUGGCAACACUCAUUUUGGGAGGAGGAGGCUAUAACCUUGCCAACACGGCUCGAUGCUGGACAUACUUGACCGGGGUCAUCCUAGGGAAAACACUAUCCUCUGAGAUCCCAGAUCAUGAGUUUUUCACAGCAUAUGGUCCUGAUUAUGUGCUGGAAAUCACGCCAAGCUGCCGGCCAGACCGCAAUGAGCCCCACCGAGUCCAGCAAAUCCUCAACUACAUCAAAGGGAAUCUGAAGCAUGUGGUCUAGUUGACAAAAAGAGAUCAGGUUUCCAGAGCCGAAGAGCAGCGCCUAUAAUGAAGACAGCGUGUUUAUGCAAGCAGUGUGUGGAAUUUGUGACUGCAGGGGAAAUUUGGAAGAAAUUACUUCCUGAAAAUUUCCAAGGGGCACCAAGUGGCAGCUGGCCUCCUGGGGUGAGGCAGGCAGACACCCCAGAGGCUCAACUAGGCCUAGAAGAAGAGUGAGAUUUCCAACAUUUAAAAUGUUUAUUUUUUAAAAAACACAAAUGCCAUUUUUAAUCUUUGAAAAUUAUUUUUAAGCAAGUUGGGAAGGGGGUAUUUUUAUUUUCUUAAAGGAGGCAGAUAAGAAGCUGGAAGAAAGCAUGGAGGUUUAGUCAGCAGUUCUUCAGUUAGGGGGUGCUGAGAGGUAGGGUUUAAGUCUCAGAACCAUCCAGGUAGCGCCUUGGUGAAGGGGAAUGAUAGUAGAUUGGGAGGUGGGAAGAAGUCUACCUCUGUUGUUUUUAGGAUUAUUGACCUAUUUUGUUUUUAAUAAAAUAUUUGA